UGUCUUCCAUGGCCAAUUGGAAACCCCGUCAGUAGCGCUUACAAACGCCGGGAUUACAAAUGCAUUGCCUUUGCGUCUCCUCUGCUAUGCUCGCGCCCUGACGUGCCAUCGCCAAACAACUUGUGCCUCUUCCACCAAACAUGCCCUUUCAACGCAGAUCGUGCGACGCGUGCUUCGCCGGGAGGCGAAACGUGUCGCUAUGUCUCUUCCCAGACGCCAGAACCCGGCGCGCCAGAUGCAAACCAGCCUCCCAACACCGCGGCAUCGACUGAUUUUGGCCCCUGGAAUCUGGACAUGGAUUUCGGUAUCGACUUUGUCGACACGAGGCUUAUGGAGCAACUGACCAAACCAAGUAUCCCCAACAUGCUGGGGGAGCUGGGGGAGCUGCAGCCUGUGUCCGGAAACACCCGCAGCUGGACAUGGGUGAUCGAGCAGCUCAAAGGCUAUCCUCGAGAUUUUGCUCACAGUGCUGAAAACGUGUUUAUACACAAGAACUUGGUGCAGCGCCCGGGCUCGGCGCCCCUAAGGGCUGCCUUUGGUGUCUGCGCCGCGUGCCUCUGCGUCACCGAAGCCAACGAGUUCAUGAUCUUUGACUCCUUGAACGCCGAAAUGUCCAAGCUUGCUAAAUCCGGCAUGGGAAACAAAUCACUCGAAGAAAGCCUAUCGACCUUUCAGUCCAUCGUGUUAUACCAAAUCAUCCGGCUUUUCCACGGCGAUGCUAAGCAGCGCAUCCUAGCGGAGCGCCAAAAAAGCCACAUAGCAGCGUGGGGACUGCAGCUUCUACAGCGCGCGGGCGACGAACUUCAAGACACGCAACCAGCGUGGGAAACCUGGCUGCUCACCGAGAGCGUUCGCCGCACAGUCAUGGUGGCCUUUAUCGUCCACUCUGUCUACUCAAUCUUCAAGCACGGCGUGUGCCCCGAGAUGCCGACCUUGUCCGUCCUACCGCUCUCAUCUAAGCAGGCAUUUUGGAGUUCGCAGACGGCCUAUCUCAACCACUUCUCUGAAGACGAAACGCUCAAGUACCCUGAAUUCACCUCGUUGUGGAUCAUGUCUCCUCCAAGGACGCUUGAGCCCUUUUUCAGUAGCCAUCAAGUGAAUAUGCCUGUGACCGAGCUCGUGUUCCCGUCCUACAAGCUGGACCCUCCAUCCAUUGCAGAACUGAAAGCGAAAGAGAACCAGAUAUUUCAGUCUUUUUCGGGAGUCACAGGUCUGGAGAAGGUAUAUCGCGGCAUUAUUUUGGAAGAAGAUGGUGCUUCUGUUGAUGCAGCGAGAAUGAGAAAUGUCCUCGUCUUGGAGUGGGAUAAACCGACUUCUUUCCACGACUUCUUUCCAAAUUCUGCCAAAUUCGAAGAAUUCGUCAAAGCAAUAAAGCCAUUUGUUGCUGCACCGGCGAUUCCAGAACUUUACGAAGCUGAAAUACGAUCGGUUACAUGCACAUCCUCCACAGUCACGCAGAUAAUCAAAGUAAAAUCCAACCAAACCACGGCGCACGUAUGGAAAAACCUAGAAGAGUUUGUCAGAAAGUCCUCCACGGAAACCCCGAACUUUCACUCUGCAGACGGAAUCGGGAAAGACAAAGGGGUUUUCCUAGGCUUGGUUGGCUGGAAAGGAUGGCAAGAAUACGAAAGACUUGGAAAGGGGGACUCUUUCCUGAAUCACAUCAAAGCGCUCAAUAGGGAUGAAAAGGCCCAGAACAUCGUUGCAGAACUGUCAAAUCUUCACUGA